UCGACGCGCUGCUCCUGUUGAUUUAUAUCUCGGUCAGCGCGCUUUCGUCCGUCCGUUUUAGUCGUCCGUCUAUUUUCUCUAUUGAAUACGCGACGAUUUCGUGCGUGCGUUCGUGCGUCCAAGGGAACCCAUUGAAUUGUUUGCGCGUGCUACGCAACGCCAACCGACGGGCCAACCACGUGCCGGAAGAAGCAUCUUGAGCCUAUGGGAAAAACCUAAAACAGCGCCAAAAAAUGGGAGAAUUCACACAAACCGCCACCGUAACGCAGCAAGAAACGGUCGUGCAGCCAUACAUACGCUAUGAUCCAGAGUACCUCCGCACCAUCCCGGGAAUAGUGAAAAUUGUGUGCAUCGUGCUGAGUCUUAUCGGGUUCAUCUGCAUCGAGUUUUCGUACUUUAGCUACCGCCCGCAAGGGUCCUUCUUCAAUACGGUCGCCAUGCUUGGGUUCUGGUUCAGUGGCAUCAUGCUGGUGUUCUAUCUGUUCCACGCUUGCGAAAAGUUUCACAAAAUCCCCUGGCUAAAAAUAGAACUGUAUUUCUGUGUCGCGUGGACAUUACUGUAUAUGAUAGCGUCCUCCGUUGCGGCCGCCACCAGCAUUGGAGCAUUUCAAGCUGCUGCGUUUUUUGGAUACUGUGCCAUGGUUGGUUACGGCGUGGACUCAUUUCUAAAGUUCCAAGCCGUCCGGGCGGGUGAGAUUGCUCAGGGAUCCCGAACCGUCCACGUCCAACAGCAACAGACCGUUUCAACUUUAACGGCAUAGAAGCACCCUUGUCCGCACCAACUAACUUUUAACGAAACGACUUUAAACGUGUGUACGCAUAUGUUUUACGUACUACCUGCGAAUGUUUGCAAUGUUCUUUAUAGGGCUUAUUUAAGUAUUAAUGUUUUUAUUUUAGACGCCCCCGAUCAACCGAAUCUAUUGAUACUUGGAACCCGUUUUUCAAUAUGUGUGCAUGCCUAACCGCGGUAUAAAAAUAACCCUUUUAAUGUUAUCAAUGCGAGGAACAGUGUUUUUCUGUUUUCUGUUCCUGGCGCAUAAUUUAUUAAUGCCGUUUGUUCGUAAUCUCUGCUAUCGACAAUACCAUCCAAAUUGAACUAUCAAACCACAACCACCUAUUGCACUCACGAGCCUUUAAAGUAGAUUUCAAAGCGCUUGUAUUAAUCGAAUCGAUUUUUCAAUCUCAAGGAAUGGAUCCUGUGAAUCUCGUUCGAAGUACGAUACAGCAAUUUUAUAUACACGAACCAUUUUGCAGUAAUUUUGAUGUGCUUUUGCUAUAUGUGACGAAGUGUCGUUAAACUUCGCAGUGUUGUUUGUCUGCAAAGGAACCAAACCGAUGAAUAAAUUAUACACCACGUAUGAACAAAUUGAUC